AUGUCUGUUGUGACUGCAGUAUUGGUUUGCAUUGCAUUCACUCUUCAUUUCUAUUUUAGCAUGCAGAGUCCACAUCGUAUUCCAGAGUGUAUAGCAAGAUUGGGUGAUUCAGCAAUCGCAGAUCAUAAACUGUAUCUAGCCACUACUACUCAUGCUCGUUACUAUCCAGUUCGUCACUUUUUCAAAUACUCUCUUUUUUAUGCUGGCUUUGACUUGGAUGCUUUGGCUGCAGAAAAAUCCGGUUUUCCAAAGUGGUUGUUUGGUCAUAACCGUCGUGCCAUUGUUUCGCUUUGGGACUGCGAUUAUCUAUCGACUUUACCACUACACAGGCCUGAUUGGAAAGACAAGAAUAUGUCAUCACUAGAUCAAUUUACUACUGGAUCAUUGAAAACUCCUAGUAUUCGGCAGUCUCUUUUAGAGCAUUUGAAAAUAUUGGGAUAUCAUUCAGAGGAUGUUGGGCGGAUUGAGCUAGUUACUACUCCUCGCAUUCUGGGAUACGCUUUCAACCCUUUAAGCAUGUACUACGUCUACAAAUCAGAUGAUCAGAAAUCUCUACUUUUGGUUUUGUUAGAGGUCAAUAAUACAUUCAAGGAGCGACAUUUAUAUUUGUGUAAUGAGCGUACAAGUAUGAUAAAAACACUUUUGGGAUACACUUCAAGCUACUCAGUAUCACGAUCGUUUCAUGUAUCUCCUUUCAACAAUCGUUCUGGCAUAUACGAGGUUCAUAUCCUAGAUCCUACCAAGGGUAAACUGGAUGUUUUACUUAACAUCAAACAAUACAAAGAUACUUGUGGAUCUUCAUCAGAUAAUUACAACAGUCGUGUAUCAUCAAACACCACGACUGAUUAUGAUAUACAAAAGCAAUCCAGAAAUUCAACACAGAUUCAUCUGAUGGCUCGAGUAUAUGGUGUUGCAUAUCCAUUUACAACCGUUAUAUUGCUAUACGUGUUGUUGAUAUUUCCAUUCAAUGCAUUUUUAACUGUUCCACGAAUUAUGUACGAAGCGAUCCGACUUGCAUACAAUCACAAACUUGUUGUUUAUCAACGACCUGCUCCAGUAGUUGGCAUCCAAGAAAACGCUGCAAAAACAAUUGUACACAAGAGUCCAGAUACAUUUCAGCGAGCAUGUCUACAGAUUGUAUUGGAUCAUCUAAACAACCAAGUUGCUAUAUCCAAAAUACACAUCAACGUAUCUUUUCCUAAUGGAUCAUCUCAAUUGAUUGCUCCAAUUGGACAAAUUGGAACAGAUUCUAGUCCUCUCAUCCAACUCUAUAUUGAUUCCUAUAAUGCAUUUAUUAAGCUUGCAUUGCAUGCAUCUAAUCCAGUUCUUGGACUGUUAUUAGCGUUCACCAGUGGUGAUAUGUAUUGCUCAAAACACGAUCUUUCCUUGCUGUUUUCGUGUUUGGCUGCCGUGUCUGAAAGUCCGUCUGAUUCCAGUUUGUUUGAAGAUGAAUCAGCACUGGUUGACUACAUGCUCAACAGUGUUUCAUAUUUAGACGAUAUCUCCAGGAAAUCACCAGAUCAGCAUUUUUUAACCUCCCCAUUGGUUCAAAUUCCAGUCAAACCAAACUAUAGCUUCCAGUUUGAGUCGGGAAAGUAUCUCCAUAGUCUUGAAACCGCAUGGUUCAAAAUGUCCACUACAUUUGUAAAGCAUGGUGAGCCUUGGUUACUCCCAGUCAGAAGCAAAUCGCAUAUUUCUUCGUUCCAAAUCGGGGUAAAGUCUGAAUACGGUGGUAUGAAACGAUUUUUACCAGAUACGAUUGAUCCAUUUACACGAGAGCAGAUUCGAGCUCAUUAUUUCCUUGGUGCGUGUGUUGACAAAAAGGCAUAG